AUGCCAUCUUCUAAGUCCAUCGUUUCGGCGCAGGCCCGCAACAAGGAGCAGGAGACGGAGGUCCUGCAGUGGAUCGAGGACGUCCUGGGCGAGAAGCUGCCCAGCCAGCAGUACGACGACGUGCUCAAGGACGGCGUCGUCCUGUGCAACCUCAUCAACAAGAUCGCGCCGGGCUCCGUCAAGAAGAUCCAGACCAAGGGUACCAACUUCCAGCUCAUGGAGAACAUCCAGAGGUUCCAGCAGGCCAUCCGCAAGUACGGCGUCCCGGACGAGGAGAUCUUCCAGACGGCCGACCUCUUCGAGAAGCGCAACAUCCCGCAGGUGACGCUGUGCAUCUACGCCCUCGGCCGCAUCACGCAAAAGCACCCCGAGUACACCGGGCCGCGCCUGGGCCCCAAGAUGGCGGAAGAGAACAAGCGCGAGUUCACCGAGGCGCAGCUGCGCGCGCACGAGAGCGAGCUCAACCUGCAGAUGGGCUACAACAAGGGCGCCUCGCAGUCGGGCCACGGCGGCUUCGGCAACACGCGGCACAUGUAGAGCGCCACACGCCCUCCGCCCCGCCACGCCCCGCCUCUCCCCGCCACGCGUCAGUCGCGAAACCUGCUGGCCUCUGCGCUCCGACUACAACAGAUUCUUUCCUCACGGAAAGGCUACCUCACUGUUCGAAGUUUCGCCAACUGAUUGAUUGCAUGACGAAACAGCUGUUGAGUCGCCAAUGCAAGGCUGUUUUGGUCUGAACAAGCGAACUUGGGAUUCAUUGCAUUCUUUUUUAUUUAAAAAAAAGGAGUAUCAAUUUCACUACUUAAUGCAAGUUAUAUUUUAUGACAAACAACUUUUAUCCUCAUUAAUUAUAUACCUUCUGCUAUGACGAUACAAAAUCCCCCCAAUAAAAACUGAAUUUUGUUAUAAGCGUGUAAUGAAUUCCACUUCGUGACAUAAAUUGCCGGAUUACUACAUAUUUCUGGAUAUAGUGAGCCUAUUAAGGGGCGACAAUUUGCAACAAUAUGCGGGAAAUAAAUACAAUAAUUAAAUAUAUUAUUGUAUAAUACUUUCCCAUCAACAGUUGCGGGCUAUUUCGUUUCGCCACUUCAGAAUUUGCAUGUUGUAUCAUUUCCUCGCAAAUGUUCUCUACACCUAGCUUGGGAUCGUUGAAAAAUAUUUGAUCUUUCUUCGAUUGACGCUAGCCCAUCGGGUAGCAGUUUCCAAGCAUCCGCAACAAACGUACUGAGCUGUUUUCGCGGGUGCACCCAGCAAGGAGAGAGAGAACGCGGCGAUGGAAAGCAAGCGACUCUAGUCAAGCGCGCGGGUGGCAGCGGCGGGGCGGGUCGCGGGGCGUGGCGGGGCUGUCGUCUUGGCGAAAACCGCGACUGCUGUCUCCCGGUCCUCAACGCUGGCGUGCCCUGAGCCGCCGCCCAGCCGCUUGGAGCGCUGGCGGCGGCCCCUCCCAGCCACUGGCGUCAGCGCGUAAUUGCCAGCCGAAAAUAGGCGGCACCGCCCGUUCCCAAGUGCCACUUGAUCUAUUGCAGCGACAAUCGGAAAACACGAGAUUACUGACCGAAGAAACAAAGAAGAAUAAUUUAUUUCAGGGAGCUGUUUUUCCAUUUAUAUCUCACUUUAAUUAUGUAUUGUUAACGAAGUCGCAUACGUAUCAGAGAAGUCGCAUACUUUUGAGAUAAUAUCUAAAUGGUAUGUUCUAUAAUUAUUAAUGGAAUUGCUGUUUCAUUCGAAAUGGCAUUCAGUUUUCUCGAGGUCUAAUAUAAUCGUAUGGGGCAUGUCUCAUUUAUUUGUAAUUGAGCUCCUCACGCAUCAGGUACAACGGACCCGUGAUGCAAACCCCUGAGGAAUGAAAUAAAAAGUCAUGAUUUGUUCUGAUUUCUAGCUUAGUUUCAUAAGCAGAAUGUGUAGCCCUAUAAUAUCUAAGAGAACAUGCCAACUUUGUUUCUUCUAUUGCAAAUACCAAAGAAGCGCCUUUGUUGUUGACCGGGAAGCUAAUGAGAGCACGUUUAAUUUUAAUGAUGCUUGGUAAGAUAAAUAUUUAAUUGUAACGUUUGGAUCCACUGACGUUUUAAAACAUUUAGCAAGAAAAUUGGUGCUGUUGAUAUCACAGUCACCAUCUAAAUUUUUUUCAUAGUAUUAUGCUGACAGAGUAGUCGCGGUUUUAAAAAGUGUACAUGUGCUCUCUGCGAAUUGCAUUUUUUAUUAAUUUGUUUCCUUUGGGAUCAAGAUCCGCAAAUGAAGGUCCCAUUGACUUUACGUUCCUGAGAUAUGUACUUAACUGUAAUCACAUUCUCAUUUUUGUGAGAAAAACAUCGAGUGGUGAGAUAAUACCUUUGCCGUCCUCUGUUUCAUCAUUGUAUCGGCACAUUAUAUCUUUUUAUUUUACUCUAAUAAAUUAGCUAACAAUCUGAAGUGUAAAGUAUGUACAAUACACUGAAUUAACAUAUAUUAUUUUUCUUUCGCUUACUGUUUGAAUUUCUAAACUCUUAUAUAAAUAACAUUCAUUGUAAUGU